AUGUCCAACCCCACCAUCCUCCUCCUCGGAACCCUCAAUUCCAAACGCGAAGAGAUCCUCUACCUGCGCCAGCAAAUCCUCACUCACUCCCAACCCCACACUCGAAUUCUCCUCGCCGACGUCGGACACAAGCCGACCUCUGAUCCCGCAAUAGACAUUCCCCAAUCCAAAAUCCUUUCCCAUGCCUCUACUCGUAUCUCCACUAAUUUUCCCACCCUCUCUCGCUGUGAAUACAUCGCGCACAUAUCCAACUGCGCCACCAAUCUCGUGCGCGAACUCUUCGAGAAAAGAUCUUUUCAUGCGGUUAUUGGACUGGGUGGAUCGGGAGGAACUUCAGUAUGCGCUUCUAUUAUGCGCGACGCAUUACCUAUCGGAUUCCCCAAAUUGAUCGUCUCGACGAUGGCGAGCGGGAAUACAGUGCCGUAUGUAGGAGAAACGGAUAUCGCAAUGAUGUACAGCGUAGUUGACAUUGCGGGAACAAACUCGAUCUUGAAAGGAAUAUUAGAUAAUGCAGCGGGAGCGAUUUCAGGGUUAGCUCAGGCGUAUUGGAAGAGAUGUAAAGAAGAAGAAGAAUCGGAAAAUAACAAGCCGAGAAAAAAAGGAAUAGGAUUAACUAUGUUUGGAAUCACAACACCAUGCGUAGAGAAUGUAAAAGAAAUUCUAGGAAAUCACAACAAGGAAGAGUACGAAAUAUACAUAUUCCACGCCACCGGAGCAGGUGGAAAAGCCAUGGAGCGAUUAAUCCGCGAAAAACGCAUCUUAGCCGUCCUCGACAUCACCACGACCGAAAUAGCCGAUUACAUCUGCGGUGGCAUAUUGUCCGCGGGACCCUCACGACUAUCCGCCGCAGCAGAGAUGGGCAUCCCUCAAAUCAUCAGCGUAGGCGCGUGCGAUUGUGUGAAUUUUGGGCCGCGAGAAUCGCUUCCUGAGAAUUUUAGCGAGAGAGUGUUGGUGCAGCAUAAUCCGGACUUGACGUUGAUGCGAACGAAUGCGGACGAGUGUGCUGCGAUUGGAAGGUUUAUUGCGGCGAAAUUGAGGGAGAAGGCGAGGAGGAGGGAGUGCGUUAAGGUAUGUUUGCCGAGGAGGGGCACGAGUUUGUUGACGGUGGAGGGAGGUCGGUUCUAUGAUGUUGAGGCGGAUAGAAUGUUGUUUGAGAGUAUUAAAGAUGGGUUGCAUGGAACGGGAAUUGAGGUGUUGGAGAAAGACUGCGCUGUUAAUGAUGAGGAAUUUGCUUACUUUUUGGUGGAUCAGCUUAUGCAUCUGAUUUCGAAGAUAUCGUGA